UGAAAUAGUUCAUUCAUCUAUUGGACCAUUGCCUAUACGUCGUAGUACCUUAAAUCUCAGUUUAGUAAGAGAAUAUGACUUACCUUCUGAAUCAUUUGAAAAGGCAAUAGAUAUUAUGUCUAAGAAUCUAUAAUUGAAUGAAUAAGCUAGUAGAAUCUAUAUGUAAGAUAUUCUUAGGGAAUUUGGGUAACGAAAUAAUUAUUAAUAUAGUUAUUUUAAAGCUUUAGAACAGUAAUCAGAAUAUUUUGAUUACAUUGAAUAAACAAUUAAUAGCUUAGAAUAUAAAUAAAUAAAAAAAGGAAAUAUUGUAUUUCAUUGUGGAGAAAAGGGAGAUUAUUUUUAUAUGAUUUUAAAAGGAACAGUUCUAGUGUAUGUUCCAAAAAAGUAAGAUUUGUGAAUAAAUAUUUUAAAGAGAGGAAGAAAUUUAGAAAUAGAAAUAAAUUUUGCAAGAGUUGAAUCAAUAUAGAGAAGAUUUGACAAAUAAUAAAAAGAAAGAUGAUGUGAAAUAAUUAUAAAAACAGAUUUAAGAUCUAUAGAAUCAACUAAAGGAAUAUUAAAGCAUGGAAGAUAUUAUGUUAUUUCCUUUUAAAAGUCGUUAUUAUUAGAAACUUUCAAAUGGUUAAAUGAUUUGUUUAUAUAAAAAAGUGAAUACAAUGAAAGAUGGUGAUUGUUUUGGAGAAGUUUCUUUAUUCAGAAAUGAACCAAGAGCAGCCACUCUUAUAGCUUUAGAUACUUUGCAUUUGGGGGCUUUGAAUAAGACAAAUUAUUUGAGAAUUUUUGAAUCAAAAUUAGAGAAAUUGAAUUUUACUUUAGGAAUGUUAAGUAAAAUGUUUCCAUAAUCAUCUAAAGAAGUAGUAAUACAAUUAAGUUUUGAUUUUUAAAGAAAAUUAUAUUCUAUAAAUUAGAUAGUUUUUAAAUAAGGAGACAUAGUUGAUGGAUUUUAUUUAAUAUUUUAAGGUAUAGUUGAAAUAAGUUCUGAUAAUGUGAAAGUAAAUUAAUUUAGUGAAGGUUAAUUUGUAGGAUUAUUUGAUUUAAAAAAUCCUGGUUAGAGAUUAUACACAGCUUAAUCAAUGUCAUAUGAAACAAUAAUAUAUUUUCUUCCAAAAAAAAAUUGUUCUGGAUUAGAUAAAUUUAUGAGAGAAAGAAUAAAUGAUUAUAGAAUCAGUAAUGAUGGGUUUAGAUAGGAUUGGGUUAAGAAAUGUCAUAAGAUGAUCGCAAAAUAAAGAUAAGAAAAUAAUAAAGUUAUUUUAAAGGAUAUUAAUACAAAAGAAAUAUUGAAAAAAUGUAUAACUUAAAGAGAAUCUAAAACAACAUCAAAUACAAUUAGUUAAGAUAGAAUCAAUGAAAUUGUUGAAUACAAUAAUCAUUAAUGUUCUCUAAAAGAGAAAUUGAAAAAUGUAAAAUUAUGUUUGUAAAUGAGAGAUUUCGAUAAAGAAAAGGAAUUAAUUGAAAAAAUGAUGAAAUAAUAAUAUACACAAUUACCAAGAUUAAGAGAAAGACCAAGAAAUUUAUUUGAAACUUAUACACAUUUAAUGUCUAAAGUUUCAAGAUAUACAUAAAGUCCAGUAUUUCAAUCUCCAAAUACUAGUGAUCUUAGUAUUAAGAAUAUUCAUGUAGAUAAAAAAUUAUCAUAAAGAUUGAAAAAAAGUGAAUAAAUAAUUAAUUAAAUUAUGGGAAUAUGA